GAAGCAUCAGAUACUGAUCCUCGACCUUAUCUACGAAUGUCGUUCCCGACCAUCGACCCCGAUACCUUGCAGAAGACUUUGUCUGCGCCGCCCUUCGUCGUCGUCGAUGGCGUGGUCAACAUCCGCGACUUUGGGGGUCAUCCGACAGCGGAGCCUGACACUCGUGUGCGCUCCUCAUACCUCUUCAGAUCGGGCGAGCCUGCACGAAUCACAGAGACGGGCAAAGAGCAACUGAAAUGCCUAGGUAUCAAGAAGGUCUUCGACUUCCGUUCGAGUCUGGAGAUCGCCAACUACAAGGCGAAGACUCCAGUCAUCGAGGGCGUAGAGUUUGUCAGUGCACCCGUCUCGGAUGAUGAAGCGUACGAUCCUGUUGGAUUAGCUGCUAGAGUGAAACGGUUCGAGGCCGAUGAGACGACCGCUUUCGUCGCGCUGUACUCUCGUAUUUUGGAGAGUGGCGGUCCUGCAUUCGAGAAGGUCCUCCUGCACUUCAGGGAUCAUCCGGAUGAAUCAUGCUUGAUUCACUGCACUGCUGGCAAGGAUCGGACAGGCGUAUUCGCUGCACUUGUCCUUCAGUUGCUGGGCGUGGAUGAUGAAAUCAUAGUCAAUGACUAUGUUUUGACAACGGUCGGACUGCAACCGGCACUGCCGAUGUUGGUAGCUAGGUUCCAGAAGGAACCGAUAUUCAGGGACAAUUUCGAGGCCAUGAUGAAGAUGGCAGGGGCAAGAGCGGAAACUAUGAGAGCUUUCUUGGACCGAAUCCUGAAAGAUAAAUAUGGCGGCCCUGUCAAUUACCUGAGGACGCAUACGGAGCUUACGGACGAGGACAUUACUCAGAUCUGCCGGAAUCUGCUUGUACAGGAGUAGUGCAUAGUAUCUCCAUAGAUCUGCCGGUUUAUUCAUCGCACCGGCGUUAUAGUCCUUUGGACACAUUCCUAAGAUCACGUCU